AUGUGGUUGACUUUUAUUCCUUUUCUUCUAGUUCUGUUCUUCGUUGGACCCUCUUUCGGUCAACCGGAUGAUCCUGGAUUCAACGGACCCGUUUUUCUCGAAAAUUCGGAAGAACGGGUUUUUCGUGACGUGAUUUCUAAACUACCCGGCUUGGCUCCACCCCCGCUAUCUCCGGAGUCCACAAUCAAUUUGGAUAAUGGAGCAGAAAAUGAUGGAUCCAGAGGAAUCGUCGAAAAUUAUUUAGCAAAACUGAACAGAGAAAUUACUACGAGAAAGUAUGAGACAAUAGCAGAUUAUUUUUGGAACGGAUUCACCUACAUUGCAUGUAAUGGAACCUAUGAAAAAGCAACUGUCGUCAACAUGUUGGUCCAAUUCCCUCGUGAAUCGAAAAUGGAGAUAAACAUCACUUCCUCGAAAUUUCGAAACUACAACGUCGACAUUGAUUAUACUGUAGUUGUACGUGGAUUUGGUUCAGUUGAAUUGAUCUCUCAAUUUCAUUUGUAUCGAGCUGAAAUCGGAAGUUUCUGGAGACUCACUUCUGGAAGAACUCCGAUUUGUCCGAGCCGUUUGACCAAAAACUUUUUGGAAAACUCGUCUAAUUCCAAAACUCCGGAGAAAGUGGCCGAGCAGUUUUUGAUUAGAAUGAAGAGAUCCAUUGAGUCGAAGGAUUACUUCACUAUCGCAGGACUUUUCAAGCCAAAUUUUGUGUUUUCUGGAUGCGAAACAGUCUAUAACAAAAUUCAAAUCGUUGGAAGACUGAUGAAUCUUCCACCUGCAAGCAAUCAUACUCUCACAAUAAAGCAUGCUGAAAAGCUCGGAUCAGUCCUAACAUACACUAUAGUAAUCCCUAAAUCUGAAUCGGAUCUUAUCGAAGUUGAACUCUUUUUGGAUACGAAUGAGCAACAGCUGAUUCGUGGAAGUGUGUCAUCUUGCAAGACCAAUGGAAGUCUCGUCACUGUCAAAAAGUUUUUGUUACUUCUGAAUGCAGUUAUCAAGGGAAAAGAUGCUGCAUUGAUUGGAGAUAUGUUCUUGGAUUCUUUCAUGUUUUAUGGAUGUAAAGGAAAUUACGAUAAGGCUCAAGUUAUUGAAAUUCUUCUGAAACUUCCUCCAAGUAUCCAGAUGACGAUGACGAUAAAAUCUUCAAAAUUCACAGACGAAGGAAUUGAGUAUACUGUAGUCAUCGGAGGAGCUCUGCCAAAUGACAUUGUUGCUGUCUUCAAUCUUUACUUGAAGCCAGGCGUUGGAAAUCACUGGAGACUUAGUUCAGGUAAAAGGAAGAAAUGCGAUGAACUUCUUCACCACUUCGGACAGUUGGAAUCUACAAAACAACACUUCGCAAUGGAUGACCCAUCAACUGUUGUCAAUACUUUCUUGGUGAAGAUGACUGAAGCUAUUGAGUCUAAAAACUCUUCGAUCAUUGCUGACUUAUUCGAGAGAGAGUUCAGUUUCAGAGGGUGCAAGGGAACUUAUUCGAGAGAUCAAGUUGUGAGAAUGAUCUUAAAGUUCUCUGCUGAAAGUGACUUUUCCUACUCAAUCGAAGUUGUGGAGGACCAAGGAAACAGUGUUGUUUACAAUGCGAAAAUUUCGGAAUUUGGUGAAGCUCAAUUCGUUUUGAAUAUCAACAAUCAACAACUUGAAUCCGGAAGAAUCACGUAUUGUUCCAAGAAUUUCCAUGUGUUUCAUUAA